AACCGUCGAUCUAUUGCCACGUCAUCGAUUCGCGUGAAUUCUCGUUUCAACGGAUGAGAUCAGUGCUGCAGAGCUAACUGGUGAAACGAAGGAAGAAGCUGGAAUCAACGUUCUGUCUCCCCUAUCCUCCCUCCCUGCUCGAUUUUCGAUUGAUUUUCGUUUCUUCCUGGAAAGUUAGGAUUUUUUCUCGAGAAAGUGGUGUGAUUUUCCUGUUUUUUCGAUUUGGAGAUGAAGGCUACGGAAGAAUUGAAGGAACACGUGGCUGAAAACGAGGUCACGGUUCGGGAGGAAAAAGAUGACGAGUAUGAGGAAGAUGACGGCUCCGAGGAUGAAGUAGAAGAUGGAGAAGAUGAUGACGAUGACGAGGACGAUGAUGACGAGGACGAGGACGAGGACAAUGAGGUUGAUGACGAGGAUGAAGAUGAAGAAGACGAUGACGACGCUCCGGACGGCGACGAUGACGAAGAUGGAGAAGACGAUGACGAUGCAGGUGAUGUCGCUCAACACGCUGGUGCUGAUGACGAUGAUAACGACGACGACGACGACGACGGUGAGGACGACGACGAAGAGGGCGACGAUGAGGAGGAUUUGGGGACAGAGUACCUUGUUCGUCCUGUAGGCACUGCUGAGGAAGAGGAAGCAUCAAGUGAUUUUGAGCCUGCGCAGAAUGGUGAGGAGGAAGAUGAAGUUGAUGAUGACAAUGAGGGGGAAGCUAAGAAGGCUGAGAUUUCCUCAAAAAGAAAGAGGUCCAAGGAUGAUUCAGACGACAGCGACGACAACGACGACGGUGGCGAGGAUGAUGAGAGACCUUCCAAACGAUAGGGUUUACAACCACACUUAAAGGGAUUAGCUACUCAAACAUAGUCAACAUAUUGCCCUCUUCUUAAAAUCUCUCUCCAUCGAAAGUACAACAUGCUUGGUGGGAAUUUUUCUUCUUGGGUCCUUUUUCCAUAUUCUGUAUUGUUAUGAUGCAGUACUUUUACGUUUACUAGUUUCGUCUGAUGGAUUAGUCUGUUGAAUGUGAUUUAUGGAGAACUCUCUUGAAGUACUGGUGAAGAUUGUGUUAAACUUGAGUUUUAUGUGAUAGGCCUUUGCUUAGGAUUUUAGUCUCUAGAUAGAGUCCUCGUGAACUACAACUUCUGAUACACUGAAAUUGUGGGUAGAAUUUCUUCUUGAUUUAUAUGAUUGGUGGUUGUUCAUCUUA